CGCCGCGACGACGCCGCGACGCGCGCGGCACGGCGACCGUCAAACAAGACCGUCAAAAUUCAAAUAGUGUAACAAGAACUGAAACACGGAGUUUACCCCGCUUCUUUUUCGGUUUUUCUGGGUUUUUUUUUUCCCGUACAACACGCGCUCUCGGCGUAUCCGUCUGUAUGAUCGUGGUAGCAAUAACGAAGCACGGUAAUUAAUUCAGCCGGAUAGCCUCUGUCCCGAAACGUCGAGCCGAGUUAUCAUUAUCUCUCCGUGUACGUUACUCUUUUUUUUUUGUUCCUUCGGUCUAGCUACUCCCGGAUGACCCCAGUUCCCGGGGGUUAAUUGUCCUCAUCUGAGAAACUCGCUACCUCGACGACCUCCGCUCGUCUAGGUGACGCAGAAGGUGUUAAAAUGUCCCUUUAUAUUACAUCUCGUCUCUCCGGGCUAAUUUCGAAUGAAUUGAGAAACUUGUAAUCCACACCGCUGAGGGGCAGGGGUUGAAGAGGACGAAACGACCGUGUCUCGAGUUUUCGUCAAACUCGACCGGGAAAUGAAUGCGACGCUAACGCCGAAGUAUUUAACCGGCGAAAUUUCAUGUACGGGAAUACCGCAAACCAGAGUCAAUAGAAAAAAAAAGAUAGCGCACGACGUACAAAUAAUCCAAACGUUACGACGGGCGACGCUCACCGUCGGAUAUAUCAGGCCGACUUUUCCCCGCAACGUUUGCCUCUGCGUGCCUGCGAGCUUUCGAAUCGCGCAGUCGCAACGACGUCGCGGUCCCGGCGCACCCGGGCGUACCUACCCCCGUUAGACCCUCCCAUAAUCCCCAACCCCCUCUCGAAAAAACCCGAGGGGGUUGCGAUCCUCGUCUCGUCAUCGUUCGCGUCUGCGGGCGCGCCGUUAACGGCGACCCCUCUACUGCGCUGAUGCCGAAUACCGUCCCAGCUGCUGCUCCCUGAAACGUUGCGCGCGUUACGUCCGUCGGGCGUCGUCGUCGCAUCCGGGACACCCACCCGUUUUCACCUAUCGGAAAAUCUCUCUGGUGGGACUGCGACGGAAUUUUCAUUUGUUGGCUUGUUUUUUUUUUCAUUUUUUCGUUUCACGUUUUCGUUCGGCAUAGUAAAUUUCACCCCAAAUAGAACGUCUCGUCGGUACGAGCGUACGACCGACGUAAGCGUGCCAACGUUUCGUCGGUUUCACCUGCGUUCGGCGCGGCUUAAAGUUUGGCGUCGCCUCGUCGGGCUGCUCGAGCUCUCCUAGCUGUGGUGCUCCUCCUCGCGAUACUCCCGGUGCCGUACCGGCAGCUAGCGGCAAUCGCGGUAUCGUAUACGUUUCGCGUCGUCGCGCAACGCGCACCCGAUCUAAGAGAGACGCCGCCGCGCAAUCUUUUUGUCCGCGUUUCAUGUACCUGUACCACCACCUUAUACAACGCCCGCUAAUUGCUCCCGCGCCCAAGUGACAAUUACUUCGGUAUUAUACAUGUAUACGUGGUAGAAAAUCGUGCGAGUUUUACUUCUGUGCCCGCUGCCCGCGUACACAACCAGCUCCGCCCCGUGUGUUUUGCUGUGUUCACGUACACGUCUGUGCGGUAUACAUAUUUCAUUGACACGCCGUAAUACACCCCUUCCGCGAGAGAAGGAUCGUGCCAAGUUGUUGUUUUUUUUUUUUCUUAUUUUUUUUUUUUUUUGGUUUUUCCUUCGCCGGGCUGCUGCGGCGCGAAACGUCUUUUGUUCUCAACUUCCACCUGCGGCGCGCUGUCGCUGAAAGGAACUCACAACCAGCCCCGGAACAAUCGUCUGCGUGAAUCGAGGAUUACGAAGUCUCUUGGAAAAGGAGUCCGCCCGAAGAUCACGUGCUGAAAAUUAUUGGCCGAACGGAUCAAUUUUCUCUAAAUAUCGAACCGAGUGCGACCUAUGCUCGUUCUACUCCAGCCGACGGCUCGUAGUUCCUUGAAAGUUUGUGGAUUGCAAGUGUUGUUUCUACGACCGAAUAACGAAUCAAUGUAUCAAUCGUCAAAUUCUCGUAGUGAUACGAAGAACGGUCGGUUUUGAAAGUGACGAGGAUUUUGAGGGUGGCGAGUAAUCCACCCCGCAGUUUUCGGGGUGAAAAAUGAAGACAUACCUGUAACGCGUUCAACUGUCGAAUUUUUUCGAGUGCGCGUUUUUUCGAGUCUGCAUUUCGAUGAAAAAAAUCGAGGCGACGCAUCCUGCGGGUGCCCGUUGAAAAGCGGCUCUCUGUGAAAACCUAAUCCCGGAAGGAUAAAAACCAAUUCAGCGGGGUGCAGGGGCGAGAGCGGGUGCCGAAUCUUCAACUCUGUAUCCGCAAGCGCGUCACGGUGUCGACGAACGUCAAAAGUCGCGUGUCGAAGAAAAAAAAUAAAUAAAAUGGUGACGAAUCGGCGAUGCCAAGUAUAAAAAGGACUUGCCAAAAGCACGUGCAACGUGUACGGAGAUCGUCGGCAGCGUCGCGACGUCCUCAGCAAGUCUGGGUACGGUACCUACUACCGUAUACCUCUCAGCUUCCGUGCGGUGGUGCAGUAUACAGACAUUGAUUUAUUGUCCUAUAAGCAGACCUGACUAAUUAGCUCCUAUGGCUGAUUGGCUGAUUCAGAACUGAGUUAACGUAGUAGCGGGAAUUCAUUCAUCACGUUUACAAGAUUCGACGAUCCGCCGUGAAGCCCGAGGAGCAUAAAAUUCCGCAUUCUUUGGAGGACGAUCGGUCGACGAUGAGGUAUUCAGGGAGCGAUCGUGGCGGUCGGAGAUGCUGAAGGAAGUGGGUUGCGGCGUUGGAGCCCCCCUCCCAGGGGAUGGUGCCAUCGGCGGGUGUCAGGUGGGAACCAGCGACUCGUCGAAUAACCCGGAAGGAGGAAGUUUGGGCUGCGGAGGCUGCGGACGCGAAAUCGCCGAGCGUUGGUACCUCAGAGCGGCUGACAGAGCCUGGCACUGCGGGUGCCUCAGGUGCUGCCAUUGCAGACUACCCCUCGCGGCGGAACUCACUUGCUUCGCCAGAGACGGGAACAUUUAUUGCAAAGAAGAUUAUUACAGAUUAUUCGCAGUAUCGAGAUGCGCGCGUUGCAGGGCCGGUAUUUCCGCAUCCGAGUUAGUGAUGCGAGCUCGAGAUCUCGUCUACCACGUAGCCUGUUUCACGUGCGCAUCCUGCGGAGUACCUUUGAAUAAAGGUGACCACUUCGGUCAACGAGAGGGCCUCGUGUAUUGCAGGCCUCACUACGAGCUCAUCUGCUGCGCCGCGGAUUACAGCAGCGCGGGAGGCAGCGUCGACGAUAUCGGAUCCCCCGGGGUAUCGCCGGGUCCGGCUUACUUCAGCGCCGCCGAACAGAGUCCGAUUCCCGGCGGAGGAGUCCAGAAGGGAAGACCCAGGAAACGGAAACUAUCCGACGCCACGGGAUCCGAGCUACCGGUCACCAUGCGUCUCGCCGCCGGUGCACUAGAAUUGCUUCACCCAAGCGAGCUCUCCUCGUCGAUGGAAUCGCUGACCGCGUACGACGCAUCCGUCGGAUCCCCCGGCUCCGUCCACCAGAGUCAAAGGACAAAACGAAUGCGCACGAGUUUCAAACAUCAUCAACUGAGAACGAUGAAAAGCUAUUUCGCCAUCAACCAGAACCCGGACGCAAAGGAUCUCAAACAGUUGGCCCAAAAAACAGGACUGUCCAAACGCGUUCUCCAGGUCUGGUUCCAAAACGCCCGGGCAAAAUGGCGUCGUAACAUAAUGCGUCAGGACGGCGGAGGAGGUGGAGGUGGAGGUGGAGGUGGCGGUACCGGCGUAGGAUGUCCAGGAACACCAGUUUCCUCGAAUCAAGGAGGUCCCCCCAGCGUCGGUCCGAGUUCUAGUCUUUUAGGGGACAGCAACAGCCUCCCCCCUGCCUCGAUGGAGGAACUCCACGCUCUUCACCAUCUUCAUUCCGGCGUUUCCUCUCAAGUAUCAUUCUCCGAUCUUUACUGACGUCGGUUUGAAACGGAGGAGGACAACUUUGGCUCCCUCCCCAACCACCUUGGUUAGAUACUUGACUCGAUAAUUUCAUCCAAGAUGGUGGCCGAAAUCACAAACAGCGAAGAAUCGAAAUAAGAACACCUGUAAAAGGCUUCGAUUUCUAUUCAUCGAUAAAUUUAUGCAGCAUCCGACUGCACGCUUUCGAUGCUCGAAGAUAGAAAGAAAAGAGACUAUAAGAUGAAAGAUUAUCCGCGAAGAUUAUUUGUCGGGAUAAGACCGUACGCGGCACUUACUGCGGUAACUUAUAUAUUAGGAUAUGUACGCAUACCUAUACUUAUAUACCAAUUUCGAUAGAAACGUGCGUAUAUCUCUACCCUGAUGUAUCGCGUGUGAUACGUGAAUCGAAAAAAGUUGCUCCUAAUCUUACAGUUGAAUUGUAAAAUCGAAUCAUUGAUAUUAUUCACCGUUUCAUUGUACAAACUGCAAAUUAUAAUAUAUACCAUUGUUUUUAUGAUUUCAAUCGAUGUUGCUUAGGUAUCUAGUAUUCUUUGUCUCGUAUGAUUACCGUUAGUUUCACGUCGCACGAUGUAACAUGAAAAACAGAAGUGAUAUCGAAAUAGUUCCACGCAGUUUCCGAAUUAUUCAUUAGAUUAUUAUCCAGAAUAUAUAUAGAUAAGAAUAAUAUAUACAUAUAUCUAAAUUUAUACAUAUAUAGGUGAUAUACAUAUAUAUAAUAACGAUAUUGUGGCAAAUACAUGAAUUCUAACUGAUAAUCACACGUCUGUAUGAUAUUAAUAAAAGUUAACUGCGUCCUAUUUAUUAGUCGUUAUGCGGUGCCGGGUAUGUAAAAGUCGAGAGUUUGGUGUUGAAUUUGUACUAAGGAAAAAAAAUCAUGAUACUCAUAACGAUAUGGUAAAUUGAUUACACGAAUCGUACUUGUUUAGAUUAAUAAAAUGAUAUAUACGUAUUGAAAAGGAUAUGAAGAGAAUUAUUAUAAUACGACAAACUAUAAGAUCUCGCGCGUCUAUAUUGGAAUAAAUUUUGAAUG